CCUAUGUCAAGAUUUUUAUGGCUUGUUUCUCCCAGGCUGGGCCAGGUAUGCACCAAAGCUUAUUGGCCACGGAAUGUUUUGGACUGAGCUACAGAGCUAGACGUUAACAUUGUCGCUUAUGGAAAAUUAAUGGGGGUCUGAGGCCAUGCGCGAGCGCCCUCAAGCUGGACCUCCCGUGGACAUAUCCCUCAUAGGACCUAGAACAUUUUACAUUUAAUACCAAAAAUAAAAUAUAUCAUUAAAGCAUAAAUGUUUUCUGCUGGGUGUAGAAGGAAACAGGGACACGGUCACAACUUUCAACUGUCAGAAGAAUGAUCACUGUGUGCAGUUUGCAGUGAGAAAAAUAUUUUAUCCGGGGUAAAAUACUACAGAGAAGAAACAUGGCGGACGAUCAAAACGAAGAGGGAUACCGGUGGGAAAAAGAAUACGAAAAGACUUGGGAAAUUCUACAAGAGGACGAUGAUGGAUCAAUUCAAGCCAGUAUUGAUGAUAUUGUUCACAAAGCAAAAAGACGGAGAUUGCUGGAGUCAAUUGGAAAUGUUCGACUUGGGAUGAUGCGACAUCUCUUUCUGGUGAUAGACCUCUCCAGUUCAAUGUCGGAUCAAGAUCUGAAACCAACCAGAUUACACGCAACUGUAAAGUUGCUGGAGUACUUUGUGGAGGAGUAUUUUGACCAGAACCCUAUAAGUCAGCUGGGCGUCAUCAUGACGCGAGGGAAGCGUGCUGAGAAAGUCACCGAGCUGGGAGGUAACCCCAGACGCCAUAUAGGUGCAUUGCAGAAAUUGGCAGAUAAAAUUUGCCAAGGAGAGCCUUCUAUACAAAACUCAUUAGAACUGGCAGCUCAGACAUUGAGACAUAUGCCCAGUCACAGCAGCCGUGAGGUGUUGGUCAUCAUGGGCAGCUUGACCACCUGUGACCCCACAGAUAUCUCAGAAACUGUCCAGGCAAUGGCAGAGGCAAACAUUAGGUGCUCUUUUAUUGGUCUUGCUGCUGAAGUUCGGAUAUGUAAGAAAAUAGCUCAAGAAACUCAAGGUAGAUAUGGCGUGAUCAUGGAUGAAAGCCACUACAAGGAUCUCUUAAACCAACACGUCUCACCCCCACCUGCAAGUGCUAAUACAGAAUCCUCACUGAUCAGAAUGGGGUUUCCUCAUCAUCAGCUGACUACAGACAAAGACAAAGAAGAGAAACCUUCAAUGUGCAUGUGCCAUCUGGAUGACAAAACUGGCCAGGGUUUUGGGAGCACUGGUUACUUCUGUCCUCAGUGUAAGAGUAAAUACUGCGAGCUGCCUGUGGAGUGUAAGGCAUGUGGCCUUACCUUGGUGUCUGCACCUCACCUGGCUCGGUCGUAUCAUCACCUUUUCCCAUUAGAACAGUUCAAAGAAGUUCCCAUGGACCAACAGACCAGAACUUGUUAUGCAUGCCAGGUCAAAGUUAAGGAACUGUCAUUUUACAGGUGUGGGAAAUGUAGCCAUCACUUCUGUGUGGACUGUGACCUGUUUGUUCACGAGACAUUGCAUUCCUGUCCUGGAUGUGCUAGUUCCAGGGCCACACAGCACCUGUCACAGGCACCCUCAGUUUCCUGAUAGGCUCAUUCCAGGGCCUGUCUCCCCUUCAGGCUAACCACAGACAAAAGAUUGCUUCAGUGACCGGUGUCUCCAGGUGGAUAUGAAGCUGGACAGAUUGUUGCCUUGGAAACUGACCUGUAAUCAUGAAAUGAACCAGUCAACCAGAAACUGGUCAUAAUUUCCUGGCAUAACCUGGCUGAAAAAGCGUGGAAAGAUUUACGGCCAAUGAAAUUGUUGAAACACCUUUGUGGCCAAGAAGUAUGAGUUAUUGUAAUCUCCCAAAGCCUGACUUGUUGUCAAUACAAUCUGUAAGAGUUGCGAAUUGGCUGGCUCAUUUCUGUCUGAAUGGUCAAAAGUGCUAUGCUUUCAUUCAUCUACAGAUUAAUUUGGAGACGUGAGACUUCUCUCUGUUAAG